AUUCUUCAGUACUCAGAUAGACUAAUCCACAGAAGCAGUUUAUUCAAGUAGCACCCAGACUGCCAGGAGCAACAGGAACUUUAAAGUAAUUUUUAGAAACCAUUUUACUAUUUACUGCUAAUUUUAUACGGACUUGAAUUUGAAUUCCAUAUAGCAAAGAACUGGAAUAUUUUUCUCAGGUGGAAUAUUGUUUUAGAAGGACUUGACAGUCUUGAAAGGACUCUGUAUCCUGAAGACAUGAAUGAAUGUGUGCUUUUCCUUCUGUUGGCUUUAUGUUCUGCUAAGCCUUUCAUAAGUCCUUCACACUUCAACUUUAAGAAUGUAAUGCUAAUGGAUAUGGAAGACCUUGACGACGAUGAUGACGAUGACGACGAUGACAAGGAUGAUGACAAGGAUGAUGACAAUUCUCUUUUUCCAACUGGACCGUCCAUAAUACCUUUCGACUUAUUUCCAGUAUGUCCUUUUGGAUGUCAGUGCUACUCCAGAGUUGUCCACUGUUCUGAUUUGGGUCUGACUUCAAUACCAAAGAAUAUUCCAUAUGACACUCGCAUGAUAGACCUUCAAAACAACAAAAUAAAAGAAGUCAAAGAAAAUGAUCUCAAAGGACUCACAUCAUUAUAUGCACUUGCACUGAACAACAACAAGAUAACCAAGAUCCACCCCAAAGCCUUUCAAUCAACAAAGAAGUUGCGGCGCCUCUACUUAUCUCAUAAUCAUUUAACUGAAAUUCCAGCCAAUCUGCCAAAAAGUUUAGCUGAGAUAAGAAUUCAUGAUAAUAAGGUUAAAAAAAUACACAAAGAAGCAUUUAAAGGAAUGAAGUCUUUACAUGUUUUGGAAAUGAGUGCAAACCCUCUUGAUAAUGAAGGAAUAGAACCUGGAGCUUUUGAAGGUGUGACAGCAUUUCACAUAAGAAUUGCCGAAGCUAAAUUAACAUCUAUUCCUAAAGAGCCUUUGGUCCUGUCCAGAGGAUAUUCCAUCUCUGCAAAACACGAUUUGGGGUCUAUGGGGAGUGCAGUGGGAAGAACAAAGCACCCCCCCUCCCAAUUCCAUUGAUGCAAAUAUACCACACUGGAUUUUGAUGAUAAAAUGCUCUUUCCUAAUUUCCCAAUUUAUGACCAGCAAAGCACACUACUACCCACAUUAGAAAAACAUAAGUAGAACUGGAAUGCUAAGGACAUUCUUUGGUGUUUUCAUCCUGGUGUUGCCAGAGCUAAUAGCUGUGGAGAUUUAAUUUUCCUAAGCCGCAAUGAAAACCAAAGGCAUGCUUGAGGUCAUGGUACAGUACAGAAAGCAGAUAAAUGAAAAUAAUAAACACCAAGACUUGAGAUGUAGUAAUGUUCAAUGUCUUCCAUUAUCAAGCACACCACAGAAACAACUUUUGGGUUAUUUGCUGAACACAGUUGCCAACUAUUCUGAGGUACUGGUGUUCCCUUAGAUUUAACUUGGAAAAUGAUUCUGCAAAUCAGCAUUAAAGGGGCACAACAAGAACACUAUUAUACUUACAAUUUUCCAUAGCUCAUACUGUCAAAACAUCCCUGACAAUCAUAAAACUGUAACUGCUUCGUCCUUUGGAAAAAUCCUGCACAUGGUGAUGAUUAUCACAUAUUUUAUUAGAAAAGAAAGAAAGAAACUGAACACCAAUUGCUGAGAAAUUCUUUAUAACUUCCUUGCUUUUGCAGAUUUUAGGAAGCACUAGUUGAAAGAUUAAAACCUAAAGGAUAUAUACAAUGAAAUUGAAAAGCUAGACAGACCAAUGGAGUAACUUGGUAAAUAUUGGGUCCUGAGGAUACAGUACUGCUGUGGUGAAAUUUAUUGGCAGAAGUGGCAUCUCUAUAUUUAGUAUUUAUCUAGGAUAAGCACCACAUGCCCAGGUGAUCGGUGAUCCCUGUUACAAAUAUAACAUUCAUGUUUGAGGCAGUUGAUGCUGUGUGUGCAAGCAGGGCUUCCACAUUUUCACAUAUACUGUUGUUGAGCCAGGCAUCUCCUUCCUGUAGAAGGUCAUGGGGGACUUUGUCAAAGGCCUUACUGAAAUCAAGAUAGUCUACAUCCACAGCAUUCCCUACAACUACCAAGCUUUGUAACUAUUGAAAAAAGAGAUCAGAUUAGUCUGGCAUGACUUGUUUUUGAUAAAUCCGUGUUAACAAUUAGCAAUUUCUGCAUUUAUUUCUAAGUGUUUGCAGACCACUUCCUUAAUGAUCUUUUCCAGAAUCUUUCCUGGUAUUGACAUGAGGCUGAACACAUGGUAAUUACUUGGGUCCUCGUUUUUUCCUUUGAAGUUAGGGACUACAUUUGCCCUCUUCCAGUCUUCUGGGACUUCUCCUGUUCUCCAAGAAUCCUCAAAGAUAAUUGCCAGUGGUUCUGAAACAAUUUCUGCCAGUUCCUUCAAUACUCUUGGAUGUAGUUCAUCUGGCCCUGGAGACUUGAAUUCAUUUAGAGUAGCCAGGUAUUCCUGGACUACUUAUUUACCUGUUUUGGGUCGCAUUUCCCAUAUUAUCUCUUUGGCUUCAUACUAGUCAGGGUGAACACCAAUCACUUUUUGGGAGAAGACUGAGGCAAAGGUGUUGAGCAGCUCUGCAUUUUCCCUUUCCCGUUAGCAUUUCACUACCUUAUCCACACAGAGACCCUACCAUUUCCUUUUUCUUCCUUUUUCUACUGACAUAACAAGCCUGAGUUCAUUUUGCCUUAGUCUUAAGAACCUUUUCCCUAUACGUAUUGGUUAUUUAUUUGAAUUCCUCUUUGGUGAUUUCCCCUGUUCCAUUUCUUACGCAGAUCUCUUCUAAAUCUUAGCUCAGUUAAAAAUUCUCUGGAUAUCUAUUCUGAUUGUUAUACACUUCUAUUUUUUCUCUUUGCUGGCACUGUUUGCAAUUGGGCCUUCAAUAUCUCACUUUUAAGAAACUCACAUUCAUCAUUAACUCCCUUCUCUUUUAGUAUUCCUGUCCAUGGAAUCACACUCAGUAUUUACUUAAAUUUCCUGAAGUCAGCUCCCCUAAAGUCUAGAAUGCAUGUGUGACUUCUCUUAGUCUCACCCUUCCUUUGUAUCGCAAACUCCAGGAGCACAUGGUCACUCCCACCUGAGGAUCCCACUUUUACUCCACUGACCAGAUCCUCACUGUUGUUUAGGAUCAGAUGCAGAAUAGCAGAUUCCCUUGCUGCCUCUUCUACCUUAUGGAAAUAAAAUUGCAAGGCAAAUGAGAAAUUUGUUGGACUUUGUACUUUUGGCAAAGUUUGUAUUUCAACAAAUAUCAGAGUAGUUGAAAUCCCCCAUUACUACUAUAUCUCUUUCUUCAUAUUUGGUCAUCUGGUCAAGGAAGGCUUCAUCCACUUCUUCCAUCUGGCUUGGAGCUCUGUAGUAAAACCCACAACUACAUCUUUUUUCAGUCUUUGUUCCCUUAAUUUUUAUCUAGAUGCUCUCAACCUGGUUUCCAGGAUUGAAGCCUUGCAUCUCUUCACGUGCGUAAGUAUUUUAAACAUAUAAUCCUAUUCCACCCCCUCUCCUGUUUGGUCUAUUUCUCUGAAAUAGGUUGUACCUCUCCAUUGCUACAUUCCAAUUAUAGGAUUCCUCCCACCAGGUUUCAGUUAUGCGUAUUACAUGUUAUGUGUAUUACUAAGAGUUCCAGCUCAUCUUGUUUAUUUCCCAUGCUCUAGGCGUUAGUGUAAAGACAUCUAAGCCCAUGGGGCAUUCCCUUUAGCUGUUUGUUUGAGAUUAUUGUCCUCUCACUGCUUGGUACUUGUUGUGUUUGUCCAACCUUCUCUUUAGCCUUUUGUCUGUUCAUUCCAGGCCUUGAUAAACAACUGUUCCCAAGGAUAAUGCCACUCUCCCCCACACAACCUAGUUCAAAGUCCGCCUGAUUAGGAUUGCCAGUCUCUGAUCAGUCUCUGAUAUUAUUCCAACACACCUAGUAGUAUAAGAAUGGUUGAAUAUGUGUUUAAUUUUAUAACCUUGCUUUUUAUAAUCUUC